AUUAUUUUCCACUCAGUUUCUCGCGGUUUAAAAUGGCGGCGUUGAGCAGCGCCGAGUCCCCACCGCCCGUCUUUAACGGAGACACUAUGAACCGCGAUCCGGAGAGUGACACGGGACUAGACGAGCUGGGCGCGGGGCUCGAAUCCGCCCGUCCCGGAGGAGCGGCGAUCCACGAAUGUCAACACGACAUUCCCGAGGAGAUAUGGAACAUCAAACAGAUGAUUAAGUUAACCCAAGAGCACAUAGAAGCCCUUUUAGAUAAGUUUGGGGGAGAACACAAUCCGCCAUCUAUAUAUCUGGAGGCCUAUGAGGAAUACACUAGUAAGUUAGAUGCAUUACAACAACGGGAACAGCAGCUUUUGGAGGCCAUUGGCAACGGAACAGACUUCUGCUCUUCACCGACCCCAACCCUGCUGGAUGUUAAGGGGCCGGCUGUCCAGACCAUCUCGUCGGCCCCAAACACCCUGGCUGUCCUGCAGACCCCCACUGAUGCGAGUCGAUGCAAUCCUCGCUCGCCCCAGAAGCCUAUCGUAAGGGUGUUUCUGCCCAACAAACAGAGGACGGUGGUCCCAGCUCGUUGUGGGAUGACUGUGAGAGACUCUUUAAGGAAGGCUCUGAUGAUGCGAGGUCUGAUCCCAGAAUGCUGUGCGGUCUAUAGGAUUCAGGAUGGGGAGAAGAAGCCCAUUGGCUGGGACACAGACAUUUCCUGGUUGACGGGGGAGGAGCUUCACGUCGAGGUUUUAGAGAACGUGCCACUCACGACCCAUAAUUUUGUGCGAAAGACUUUCUUUACGUUGGCCUUCUGCGACUUUUGUCGGAAGCUGCUGUUCCAGGGUUUCCGCUGCCAGACGUGCGGCUACAAGUUUCACCAGCGCUGCAGCACCGAGGUCCCGCUCAUGUGUGUCAACUACGAUCAGCUGGAUUUACUGCUGGCGUCAAAAUUUCUGGUGCACCACCCCAUUUCCCAGGAGGAGGUGUCAUCAGAGGGCACCACCCCAUUGUCAGAGAUGUGCCCUUCUUCGCUCCCUCCAUCCGAGUCUCUGUGCCAUCCUACUGUGUCCCCGUCUAAAUCCAUCCCUAUCCCGCAGUCCUUUAGACAGGGAGAAGAGGAUCACCGCAACCAGUUUGGCCAGAGGGAUCGCUCUUCCUCGGCCCCCAACGUCCAUAUCAACACCAUCGAACCGGUCAACAUUGAUGAUUUAAUCCGUGAUCAAGCCUUGCCGAGGUCGGAUGGAGCCCUCACGCAACACCCAGCCCGAUGCUUGAGGAAGAACCGAACGAGGACCUCAAGCCCCCUUCAGCCCUCCCACCCCAAUGACAAUGUGUUUGAUUUUGAGCCCGAGCCUGUGUUCAGAGGCUCUACAACAGGCCUUUCGGCCACACCUCCCGCCUCCUUACCUGGUUCCCUGAGCAAUGUGAAAGUGUCAAAGUCGCCGUGCCAACCGAGAGAGAGGAAGCCAUCGUCUUCGUCGGAGGACCGCAAUAAAAUGAAAACCCUGGGUCGACGGGACUCGAGCGACGAUUGGGAGAUCUCGGAAGGUCAGAUCACUUUGGGUCAGCGGAUAGGAUCUGGCUCUUUUGGAACCGUCUAUAAGGGGAAGUGGCAUGGCGAUGUGGCGGUCAAGAUGUUGAAUGUCACAGCCCCCACUCCACAACAACUACAGGCCUUUAAGAAUGAAGUGGGUGUCCUCAGGAAAACCCGUCAUGUGAACAUUCUGCUGUUCAUGGGCUACACCACCAAACCCCAGCUGGCUAUUGUUACGCAGUGGUGCGAAGGUUCGAGUCUCUACCACCACCUGCACAUCAUCGAGACUAAGUUUGAGAUGAUCAAACUGAUCGACAUCGCCCGGCAAACGGCUCAGGGCAUGGACUAUCUGCACGCUAAAUCCAUCAUCCAUAGAGAUCUGAAGAGCAACAAUAUCUUCUUGCAUGAGGAUCUAACGGUAAAGAUCGGUGAUUUUGGCCUGGCUACGGUGAAGUCUCGCUGGAGUGGCUCGCACCAGUUUGAGCAGCUAUCUGGUUCCAUUUUAUGGAUGGCUCCAGAGGUCAUCAGGCUGCAAGAUAAAAACCCAUAUAGUUUCCAGUCGGACGUCUAUGCGUUUGGCAUUGUGCUUUAUGAGCUCAUGUCAGGGGUUCUGCCUUAUUCCAACAUCAACAACCGAGACCAGAUUAUCUUUAUGGUUGGCCGAGGUUACCUUUCUCCUGACCUGAGCAAAGUGCGCAGUAAUUGCCCCAAAGCCAUGAAGAGACUUAUGGCGGAUUGUUUGAAGAAAAAGCGAGAGGAAAGGCCUCUUUUCCCACAGAUCCUGGCCUCCAUUGAGUUGCUGGCACGCUCUCUGCCCAAGAUCCACCGUAGCGCCUCUGAACCGUCCCUCAACCGCGCCGGCUUCCAGACGGAAGACUUUAGCCUGUAUGCCUGCGCUUCCCCCAAGACGCCCAUUCAGGCUGGUGGCUAUGGUGAAUUUUCAGCAUUUAAAUAGUCCUGCACAUGCUAAAACUCCAUCCAUUGUCACUUUUCAAGACGUCUUGUUUUCUGCGGUGGGUUCAGUUAUAACACCGAAAAGGACUUGUUUCAAAGAAUGUGCUGUUUUUCUUCCUCUUUACCCAAAGAGCUACGGCCUCAAUGGAAUCGCUUUCCAAUAAAAAGAUCUCUGCAGGGUGCCAUUGCUGAUUUUUCAAAAAUGUCAAGAAUAGAAAAUAGGCGUCUCUCAACAAUGCGACAUGAAUUCAAAACGACUGGCGUGAGUUAAAAAAACACCAUCACUGAGAAGAUAAACCCAAACAGAUUGUGGUGGGGGAAAAUAGUUUUUCUAGGAAGAACGAUGAGUGAGUUUGGGUUUUACUGCAUUUAUAAAAGGACUGAAAUGGUUCAGCUGUGUUAGCCCUGCCUUUGCUCCACCCCUGAAUGGGAAAACACGCAGCACUGGCCAAUCAGAAAACAAGGUCCGUGCUUGGAUCUGAUGACGAAGUCAUCCGGUUGGCAUUUCUCAUUGGAUGGAAUGUCACAGCCAUAUGUGAAAAGGUGCUGGAUGUCAGGAGAUAACUUGAAUGAUGGUUAGAAACGUUUCUUUUUUGAGUUUGUUACACAUUAUGUUGCCUAAGGAUGGACUUGCUAAUGCGACAAAUUCCGUUUUCCCCCUCUUGGGUCGUAAGUUGUAGAAUAGACGGACUGACCCUGUGUUUUUCUUUCUGUAGUUUGUUAGCACGGGUAAAUGAAGCAACCAUAGAAAAGUUACUGAUCUCUCGACCAGCUGUUUUGUUUUUAAUGACAGGAGAUAUUCUAAAAUAUCCUAAACAAUACAACUUUCUUUUUAAAUAUUCAAAGAUUAUCAAGCUUAUACUUCAGUGUUGUUAUAGAAGCCGUUCCUUUGAGGCCCCAAUGUUGGAUUUUCUAUGUUUAUUUGAUCCAUCCGCAAGUCAUGUGACACCCCUUUGGACCUUACAUCGCUGGCGUUCAUUCCAAUAUAUUUGUUCACCUUUUUUUUAUCAUUUACAUGUAGUUUUUCUUGUGUUAUAGACAGGCAGGCCUGCAAAGUUACAUUAAUUUAUAUUGCUUUAAUUUUAUUACUUGUUGUUUCAAAAACUGGAGAGGCUUGUAUAUAUACAUAUAUAUAUUUCUCUCACUCAUUCUGUGAUUGCUGAAAUGGACAUCGAGCAGUGUGUCUGUGCACUUUGUAAAAAUGACUGAUGCAGAUGAGCAAUUUGCCUUUUUAAAGACUAAUAUAUUUUGUCAUAUUAAGAGGUGACGGCAUGGAUCUGGAGAUGAAAUGAUAAAGGCAGAUGGGCCAUGGGACACUAAAAACCAAAGCUCAAUCCAACAUUCCCAACCGAGUCCGUGUCCACCUUGCUGGAAAGCGGUUAUCUGGAUCUUCAACCAAAUUGUUUGGCCGUGUGAUUUUAAACACUAUCAGAACGCAGACUCUUCAAGCUCCGAAAACAUCUGUGUUGACCCUCUAGCAUAUAAGUUUGGGCUGUGUUGACUUGUGUUGAGCACGGUGUAGCCCUCAAAUUUACAUGGACACUGGAGGGUACAAAUACCCUCACGUAGGAUGUUUUUUAGAGAAACUUCCUGUCUGCAUCAGUAGAUCCGGUUCUUUUUCUUGUACGAAACUACGGAUUUCUUGUUCCUGCGGUUUGCUGAAACUACGACUCUACAUUGCACCGAUCACUGACCCGUGCUCUGUUACAACAGCGAGGACACGCGUCCGUCUCCUUGCUUCUGUCUAGAACUAUUGAAUUAUUUCUUUCUCUUUCCAGUUAUUUUUAUAAGAAAUAUCUAGGGCGAUGCUCUGUGAAUUUAACACUCUACUUCGACUCUGCCCCACUGUCGUGUUGGUCGCACUGACAGCCGCUGCCUUCACGUGUUGUUUCCGUUGAGACAUUUGAAAGGACUUUAAUGAGCCCCGUGUGUUGCAGGCUGACACGGUUCUCACUUUAGACUGGCAAACCUAACCUGGGUUGCAUAAAGAGAUGGUAGAAGUGUAUUUAUUUUCUAUGGGAAUGUUACUGAAGAGGUUUGCUUUGCGAAGAAUUGACUCUGGAAUACCUGGGGACCUGCUUGUUAACUUUCAGAUAUAUAUUUAUAUGGAGGAAAAUGGGUUAAAAGCACAUAACGGUCCUCUUAACCCUUUUUGCUCUGCUUCGUUCAGUUCAUCUCUUUUUAUUUCUUUGCUUUUAAAGCCCUCCCCGACAAACCAGACGUCCAUAUCACAUUCCUUUCUGUUGCCUUGCCUGCACUUUAACCCCAGUGCAAGUUCAUUCAAGUGGGAACUAUCAUACAGAUGUUUGGGAGACUCUUUUCACCUGUAAAUAGCUGUACAAAGAAAGCACUGUGCGUUUGCUAUUGGAGGCAUGGAGAUUGAAAUGACUUAAAACGUUUCAACUUAAGAAAUAAAGGUUGAGAAAAGACAUUUUGAUAGAUGACAUUCUGAGAAAAUACUUCUGUGUAAAAAAUAUUUAAGACUGUAUUAUAUAAGAGGAAAAGAGCUUAAUGUAUUUGUUGUGAAUAUGAAAAACUGAUAUAUUAAAGAAGUGCAUGAAAACUGUCUAA